CGCUGCCGAGGAGGAGCGGGUGAAGGGAGAGGCUUGCAUUUUUCUUGAUCAUGAGGUCUGAGGAAAAAAAUCCUUGGGUCGCGGCCUUUGUCCCAAGCAACGGUAGCCGUUUCUUGACUUCUUGACCUUUUGGCCUUCUCCUCUCCAGCCCCUCCGAAAACGGCGGCAUUGUUCUGCUUAUAAGAAGUCCCGACGUCUGCAAUCCUCCGUAUCUGCUUGCCCCGCGCAAAUCAUCUCUCCCGUGAAACUCACUUUUGCGUGAACAUUUCUCGGCGCCGAAUCCCAAGCUCUCACAAAUUCCAACUCUGCGCAGAAGCAAAUCGCAAGAUCUUCCACACACAUACAUCCCAAGAAGCAGCAGCAAAAAAUGGCCGCAGAAAACCAAAAACCCACCCUCACCGGCCGCGGCGGCGCCGGAAACCUCAACACCCGCCCGCAAGCCAAACUCCAACACUCCGACCUCGAAACCCCCACAAUAAAAUCCACAACCUACACCACCGGCCGCGGCGGAAGCGGCAACAUGGCCAAAAACGACCCUUCCAACGCCUCCGAAGCCCGCCAAGCCCAAGACGUUGACACCCCAGCCCACCACAACAAAGAAAUGGAAGGGACAUAUCACUGGGGACGCGGCGGUCAAGGAAAUAUGACAACGCUGGGAAAAAGUGGGGCGCAGCAGGCGAGGGAUAAGAGUAUGGAACGGAAGAGGGAGAAGAGGUUGAGUCGUGGGGAGGAGGGGAGUGAGAGGCCGAAUAAUGGAGGGAAUCGAGCGGGGAGUUUUUCGGGGAUGGUGAAUAAGGGGAAGGAGUUGUUGGGGUUGAAUAAGGAGAAGAAUGCUAAUGGGAAGAAUGGGUCGCAGUUGGCCAAGGAGAAUGAGAGUGCGAUUGAGUAAUUUGUGACGGGCUCUCGUUGUUUGAAGCAAGGUGGCGAUGAGAUGUGACGCGAUGCGAAUGCGUCGAGAGCGAAAGUGGGCUUUGAAACGCAAUAUACCCUAUACUCUUUUUUGUUUGUUGUUGGAGAGGCGAUCCUUGGGAAAUAAUGGACCUGAUCUGUUUUAGUUACAUGGGAGGGAGCAUGUGUCUGUCUUAUCUGCAAAGAAUCAUACACAGCACGGGCGUGAAAGAGCAUCAAAAGUCCGGAGGUUUAGCAGACAAG